AUUCCCCGUCCACCACAGUCCAGUCUUCCAGUCCCAAUCCCAGCUCUCCAGUGCCAGUCUUAGUUUUUUCUUUUUUCCUUCCCUCCUUUGACACUCCAACCGCAGUCGCCGCAGUCGCCGCUGCACACACCUCACACACCUUACCUAGCAGACGUGCCCGGGGAAAGGGCACCAUCUCAGUCAUUAUUUUUUAUUUACCUCAAGGUUGGGGUACUCUAUACGUACUUCGUCUUCGCACCUUCUUUUGAAGGAGCCCGCGCCUGAAUCCCCGUCCCACGUCCACGUCCCACUCCAAAGGCCCCACGAUCAAAUAUCCACACCCUGCACCUGGAUUCCCCAUUACAACUCACCAACGCUCACGCAACACGCCCUCGCCUCGCCUGCCUCGCCCUCCCACCCUACCCGCCUCUCGCCGCUGACUUCCGACUUCUUCCCGUUCACACUCUCCCGUAUUCACGGUUUCUUCUCUUUUUCGACUGCCCUUCGUUGGAAAAGAAAUUUGUCCCCAACAUUCUUCACGCCAAUACGACAACAACAACAACCUACGUUCAAGCGCAGACCGCUUCACCUUUUGAACUCCCUUCUUCAGACGACACAGCAACAGAUCGGCCCCUAGCUCCUUCCCGAACCCCCCUCUUUCCCUGACCGUGACGUACGAUUCAAUAAACCGGUCGACGGCAAAUUUUACGACUUCCCCUCCACCGGCCUUGACGAAGACCCCUCGACUUCUUCCACAGCCGCAUAUCAGUUCCCACCUUCCACAGGCAAUCUGUGAGCGGACCAAGAGCACAGUACAGAGGCGGCGUCACCAACGCUUGUCCUCUCCGUUGCGGGCUGCUACGAAGAUACCACCCGACUGCACAACUAUUGCGCCAAACUCAGCUGCAAAUCCCACUCUUUCCAGCCGAUCCCCAAAAUGAAGGGACGCCCUAUCGACCAGCUCGUUUACGAGCACAUGUUUCCCAAGCCUCGCGCGAGCGACCCUCAAAAUUUCCAUGCUCUCUUGCAGCGCAGCCUGAUUUUGGAAGUUCGUCAAGAGGUUCACUCCUUCUACGGCCAUCUCGACACCCAAGAAGCCAAGUACCCGGGCUUGGAUUACUGCAACCCCAUCCACCGUAUCCGUCUGAGUCGUUGGACCUGGCACCGCCGCUUAUUCCGAGCGUUUGACAACCUCCAUCUGACCCCUAACGAGAUCGCGGGCCUUACCAAAUGGGAGGGCACAAGAUGGGCCAAGGAGCGCUACGAGAAGGAGCAAGGCAUCUCCAUUAGAGAUACUGCCGGCGAUGGAUUCCCUGACUGGAUCGAGCCGGAAGAUCGUCCAGCGGCCCCGGUUCGAAACCCUCGAUCAAGGUCUGUCGAUACAGAUGAUGCCACUGAUCCUGGAGACGAGGACAUGGACGGUGAAGAGAGUGACGAGGAACUCGAGAGCGUCGGUGUUGCUCUGAACCAGCGAUUGAGAGAGAGGGCAGCACGACGAGAGGCUGGAGACAUGUCUACGGUCUUGGACGAGGAAUGGGAACAGUGGUUAAAGAACGUUAUUGAGAGUGGCGAGCUGCCAUAUCUCUCAAACGACGACAUCUCACCAUCGAGAGCCGAUCCGGCAGCCGUUGCAGUUGUGCCGCAAGCACUCUUCCCCCCUCGCAUGCUGAGCGCUGCCCGCGCUGGUCAGUGGCAAGAUAUACCCGACUUCCUCCACGACAUUAUCCGCCGUACGCUUGAGAACCAGAACUCGAGCAGUGGCGAGGAGACUGCAGCACCUCCUCGCUUGCCCUCUAUUUCAAGUCGCAAUGCGGCACGGGAACGCAGAGGCACUGACGAACAUCACAUUGGCGGAAUCUCAAACUGGAGACGUACAUAUUCGGAUCUGCGACUCCCUGUCGGCGACAGCGCAGCUAGCCCAAAUUUGCAGAGGACGGCACAGGCACCCGGGGCCUAGGAAGUUUCGGCGCCUGAAGUUCCCUCUCGUGGGCCUGAAACAUUCGUUGACCAAACGAAUGUGAUAACCGGGGAAGAGCUAUCUCGAACUGUGCAUGAGAUUAUGUUGCCCACCAGACGUCAACCGACAAUAGAUCGACCGAUCAUAAACCCGCUGACCGGCGAGUUUGAUGUCGACGCUUACCAUGCUUUAUGGGCCAGCCCUUACCCUUCAACUUUCGUAUACUCCGACCCAAGCACCUGGAGCCAAAUAUGGAACUGGGCCCCGUUGUCGACCGGAGAAGACCUGAGAUUUCCGUGAUCACAGCUACGGGUAUACCGCUGGAUUUCUUCAAACGCCUCAACCCACAUCUUCAGUCGAAGAGGCGAUUUCUUUAGUCUGAUUCAAAUUUUUCAAUACUAGAGUUCCUUGAGUCUUUGGGCAAAGGGAGGAUCGCCCCAACAAGGCGACAACCCACUACACAUCACUCGGUUAUUCCCCCAUACGGCGUUGGAAGGAUUGCUCUUAUGCUUCUGUGGGAUUGCAAGGGAUUGGAUGAGCGAGCACAAGAAAUUAUGAGGAAACGAGAACUCUCUGCAUUUCGAGGCCCGCUUCCAGGGAGGCC